AUGACUGCUCAGUUUGCUUCCCAUGGCCGCGGCGGCGCGGGCAACAUGGCCGACGCAGCGCAUUCGCCCUCCAUCAAGGCCUCCGAUCUCGAGACGCCGGUGCUGAAAACAGCCGUUGUGACCACAGGCCGAGGCGGCACUGGCAACAUGACCAAGAACAACGACCCUCACGAAACCCGUCUUCGCCAAGAUGUCAAGGCUGUGCCCCGACGACUUAGCGCGGGAGCCCAGUACGCUGGGCGUGGCGGCGCUGGCAACGUAUUCAAAGGCGAGGAUGAACUCGAACAACUGGCGCGUAACCGAAGCGUCGAACAAGCCAUCGACGAAACCCCAGAGGAUGCUGCCAAGGAUGCUGUCAAGGAAGCUUCCGAGAAAACUUCAGAGAAGACUUCAGAGAGGACAGACAAAAUUGAAAAGGUCGAGCCAGCCGCAACAAUAAAGAAAUGGCUAUUCGGCAAGAGGCCAUGA